AGAGUCGUUUUGGCUAAAGUUUUGCUUGCAAGCCUCCAGCUGCCUGUCCUCCCGCGCUGACGACUGAGCACCCGCACUCUCUCAGCCAUGCAGAGCACAACCGCCUGCACCAGCGGCGGCUCCAUCAAGAGCGAUGCGUCGACAAGCCUCGAGAUGCAGACACUGUCGGUGAGCUCCCUGCCCACCAUGCACGACGCGCCGGACGACCUGUACGGGCCGCUCCUUCGCGGGUCGGGGUCGGCCGUCCUCUUCGGGUGGUGGCCCCGCUCCCGCUCCUGGGUUCGGGCGGAGCUCGUUGAGCGGACGACGCGAUGCCUCCCCGCGGUGCGGCCAAGGGUGGACUCCGUCGCGCUCCCGCGGCUGCCCGAGGUCGAGGCGCUCUGGGGCUGCUGGAGCGAGGCGCACGGGCUGGUCUCCGAGCAGGCCAUCUGGUUCCACCCGAGGCUCGAAGUGCCCAGCACCUCCGCCGACCCUGCCCUGGAAGUCUGCAGGGAGGUCUUGGCGCAGAUGGCUGGCUCCUUCAAUGUGGUGUUCUACCCGAUGUACUGUUUGUCUGCGAUCGCGAAGCCACGAACUUUAACAUGCCGAUCGUUGGGGACCCCGAGGACCACAGGCUCAUGCCCCUGAACGCGGCCAAGGCUUGGCUCCACCCGCAUAUCGGUGCACGUGACAGCCCUUGCUUGCGCACUGUCCUCUCGGCCCUGGGAGGCCGAAUCCGGGGGCCAAGGGGAUUUGUGGCCUUCAACGUCGAUGAGUUGCGCGAGGCGUUGGCGCAGCUUCGUCGGGAGUGCCCAGCUCGGACGAAAUUCGUGCUGAAGCCAGCGGCGGGCUCUGGGGGCUGCGGCGUCGUGCUUGAUGCAACGGAGGCCCAUGUGGACGCCUUCGUGUUCGGUUCGUCCGGGGGCUCGGCGAUCCUUGAGGAGAUGGUUAUCGGACUGGACACCCCGCAGUCCCCAACACUCUACAUGAUCGGGGACACACCUUGCGGGCCCCUCGCCGAUCAAGUGCUCGCAGACGACUGCUCCACCAAUCUGGGGAACAGGUUCCCAUCCAUGCUGCAGGAUGAGGACCUCUUCAGCGCGUGCGUGAAAGCCUCCCAGGAGAUCAACAAGACUUGGGGUAUGACAAGCAAUUGGGGCCUCGACUUUGUCCUCGACAAGGGCGGAGACGCAGUCAUCGUGGACAUCAACAUGGGACGCCCGAAUGGGAACUUCGCCGUCCGGCUAUGGGCCAGCCUUUCACAGAAACCGCUGACCGUGUUCACAGGAUCGUGGACGGUUCCUGUUCACGGACCUUCCAUCGAGAGUAUCUUCGAGUCUUUGCGUGCGGCGAACAUCCUCUGGAAUGGCGAUGAGGGGGUCAUCGUGUACCAAUAUGUGCCCGGCUGUCCUUCCAGCUACGCCAUUGCGAGUGCACGUGGUGCCGAUGGUGUUUCUCGGCUUCAAGCGCAUCUUUCCAAGACAAUGCUUGAUGUAAAUGGCAUUGUGUUCCCGUAGAGAUCCAGUCAGCAAGCACAUAAGGUCUGCCCUCCCUCCGAUGAAAAUCAAACUUACAAACAGACGGCAUCACUGCCGAUUGAGUUUUAUCUUGCGGGCGUGAUCGAGCUUGCGGGCCUUGCAUCUGGACAUGGUGCCAUAGUGGGGUGUUUCUGUGCAUGUAUGAUUGUAGUGCGCCGCAAGCGCACAUGACGCAAAACGUGUUUGUUCACGCCCAUGGUUGUACAGUUAAGCAGUGCUUGGAGGCAGUGUGGAGCAAACCAUGCGUUCAUAAUAUCCAGUCGCCUUUGCCAGCGUGUUGUAUGUCAGUCCGCUCAAGAGCGCGGUUAUGACUCCCAUGCUGGUUCGGAUGGUUGAAGGACUUUAUGCCCAACACUCCUAAGCCCAUGAGGUUGGCGGAAUUACCAUUUUGGAAUUAAAAGGCAUGUCGCAGCAUGUGCGACGUCAUUUCAUGUGGCUGUUCGUGCCCAAGCACGUCGCCAUCAAUACACUUGGGCACGUUAGCAGUUGCGUCCCGAAGCCGGAGUCGAUCGAGUCGACUCCCCAGCACAAUUGCUGUUCAGCUGUUGGCGCCUGUCAAUUGGUCCGUACCUCUUCCUCGUCAUUGUCCUCCUUUUCUCCGCUUCCUUGUUCUUCCCUGCUCUUCUCUCUUCCUCUUUCCCAUCGUAAGGCUCACCAGCCAACUGUUUCAAAAAGGAUCGUGUUUACUUAUUAAUCGUAGGCGUCGUGCAGCGUGUCAAUUCCCAUUGUCACACACACACUGCGAUGCCAUUCAACGAGUUGUUUUCCUCUAAAAGGAUGUUCGCGACAAGUGCGACGUCUUCUCACGUGACUGAUCGUGCCGAAGCAUGUUACCAGCCACACAGGUGUGUACCUUUCGCAGUUUUGGAUCGAUCGUGUAUUUCCUGCCCGCUGUGUUCAAAAAACAUAUUCCGGUGGUCGGG